CAAUUAGUGCUUAGUUUAAAGUAUAUUUUGUUUCAUAGAUAAAUAAAAUGAAUGAGCUAAUCUGUUAUAAUAAAGGGUGCAAUAAAAAAUUCUUUGAGGAAGAUAAUAAGGAAGAAUGUCAAUUUCAUCCGGGAAUCCCAGUGUUCCAUGAUGCAUACAAGAGUUGGUCUUGUUGUAAGAAAAAGUCCACUGAUUUCACUGAGUUUUUAAACAUGCCUGGCUGUACUAAAGGCAAACAUAAUCCAGUAAAACCAGAAGCUCCAAAGAAAAAUAUUGAAAAACCAAUGGAGAUAGGUGAGAUAAUAAAGGAGAGUGCAGCUGAUACACCUAAAAAUACAUUUCUUACUGAAAGACCAAGAGAUGAUUUGCCAAAAUGUAAGUUGGAAUAUACUGUAAGUGCUUCACUUAUAACUGCACUAGAGAAAUGUAAAGAGAAACAAGCUUUGCAACUAAAAAAUGGAGAUAAUAUCAGUGAUUUAGUUCAGCCAGGUGCUCCUUGCAAACGUAAUACAUGUAAUACUAAAUACUUAAAUGAGAGUAGCAAUAAUUUGGAAUGUGUAUACCAUCCUGGUUCUGCUGUAUUUCAUGAAGGGUAUAAAUUCUGGACAUGCUGCCAAAAAAGAACAUCUGACUUUGAUCAGUUUCUUAAUCAGCAGGGAUGUGAAACUGGAAAACAUGAUUGGAUGAAACCCAGUGAGAUUGUUGAAAACAAAUCUAAUUGUAGAUUUGAUUGGCAUCAAACGAGUUCUUAUGUUAUUUUAUCAAUUUAUGCAAAAGUUUCAGAUCCAGAAAAAUCCAUUGUAGAAGCUAAUCCUACUGGGGUUUCUAUUUCAAUUGCAUUUAAUGGAGGGACAAACACUUUUUCUUUAGAUCUAAAGUUAUACGGGGUGAUUGUUCCAGAAAAAAGUUCUGUAGAAUACCUUGGUACAAAGGUUGAGCUUAAGUUAAAGAAAGCUGAUGCUGUAAGCUGGCCGAAGUUUGAAUUAACUUCGAACUGAAAAUCAUUAUGACCUACAUAUGAUCAUUGGGUGAUCUAAAUAUUUUGUCUUGGUGAUCUGCAAAUGAGAACUAAAUGAUUUGUCUUUUGGAUAUUUCCAUUCAAUUUUAUCAGUUUUAAGGAAUAAAAUAAGAGUAAAACCUA